GAAAGAGAGGAAGGAACUCACCAAUGACUUGCAGGGUUCAGAGAAGGAUAUCUUUGCGCAGAAAACUUCACAUUCUGCGAACACUUGCCAACUCUAAUAAUUCUCUCAAAGGCAAGAGAAGGAGUAUUGUAUACAUAUACAAGCUAAAGGUGGCCCUGGAAAGCAUUAAAAGAGAGUAUGAAAAUGCAGUUUCCCUUAAGAAGGAAGUAGUGAAAGUGGAGAAGGUGAAGCGUGGAAGGUUUGUGGUGAGGAUAAAGUGCGAGAAAGGGAAAGGGAAAGAGGGUGAAAAGCUGGUUUCAAUAUUGGAGGCAUUUGAAGAAAUGAGUGUGAAUGUUGAGAAUGCCAAAGUAUCAUGCGAGGGUGGUUUCAGCAUGGACGCCAUUAUUGCUGUGGCACAAGAAAACGACCAAACUCUGGACGUAACACACCUUACAGAAGCUCUUCUGAAAGCCAUUGAAAAACAGAGUGAAUGAAUUCAUUGUAACCACCCUCUCUCUCAUCAUAGUCCAUAUGUUCUUAGUUAUGUUUCUUUCCGAUCAUACCAUGUCAUUUCAUUUUCAUCCAAUGUAAUGUAUAGCAAAUUCAUCCGCUUUUUUAAGUUUAUACUCCUUCCUUCAG